UCGACUGUGCUUACACAAGAAGAGCGUGAAACUUUCUUUAAUGAUGUUCGAAAGAUAUACCACAGAAUUGCACAAUAUUUCAAAUUAAAUUUACCAUUAAAAAAUCAAUUUUUACGUGAUAUACAAAUUUUGCAUCAUUCUUUGAAAGGGGUACAAAAUACCGAUCAAAUUAUUCGUGUUGCACGUGCUGUUCCACAUUUAUUAACAGAACGUGAAAUUGAUCAUUUACGUGAUGAAUGGUUAACUUAUUCGAUUGAAACUAUUGAUGAAAAAUGGAUAAUAAAAAGUGUAGUUAAAGAUUCAACUGGUAAUGGAAAUACUAGCAAUGAUAGUGAUUCGCUAAAUCGUGCUGUUUGUUCUCAUGCUGAUUUAAAAACAGAGAUCCGUGAUCUUCGUGAAGCGAAUGAUCAAUUAAAUGGCAAUUUAGCACUUGAAUGCAAACGAAAUGAUCAAUUGGCCGCAUUCUUAACUGCUGAACAUCUCAGUAUUGCAGCUCAAUUAGUAACGUGUGGCCCAUAA